AUGGAUCAACCUUCAUAUCAUAAUGACCAUAAUGAAAUUAAUGGUCAAAAUGAUUUGUAUUCCGGAUCCAUUAAUAAUGGAUUGAAUGAUUGUUCCAAUGUUAACAACAUAAAUCAAAUGGAACAAUCUUUAAAUCCUCAAAUACCUUGUAGUUGUGCAAAUUUCCCGACUAGUAAUAAUAAUAUUUACGAAAAUACUAGUAGCAAUUAUUCUAUGAAUAAUCAAAAUGGUACGCAAGGUGUUUCUCCAAUCACCACACAUAUGCAUGCCAUCCCUUUAGCACAGCAUUCUCUACCUACCUCUAAGAAAUCGUCACAACAAUUCUCGAAACAUGAUGAUAAUCCUCAAAAUAAUUAUGCUGAACUCUUUAAGAUUGAAAUUAAAGGAAUUGAAAUUAUCAUUAGACAAAAAUCUAUACCGACAUUAAAUCAAAAUUAUUUUGAAAUACAAAAUCAACCGACACAAAUGAACGAACAUCAAAAUCGAAUGAUGUAUCCUUACCCUGAUCAAAAUUUUAGACAUAAUAAUUACAAUCGAUUUGGUCCUCAACAAUUUCAAUAUCAUCCUUAUUAUUAUUACCCUUGCCCACAGUACUGA